GACCCCGCCGCAAACGAGAGAGUCCACGCUCCGAAGAAGCAACAGCAGAUAUCCCCGACGACGGCGAGCACACCAAACUAACCGCAUCCUCGUCAGUGUCAGUUCCUUCCAUCCCGUUCUCCAAUCUCCUCCCCGAUUCGAUUCCAGUGACGCGUCCGCUCGAACCGGAUCGAGUCGGGGGGUUUGGAUUUGGGGGCGAAGGGUAGGGAGGAGGAGAGGGCAUGGACCAGGUGCUCAACAAGGUGGGGAGCUACUGGUUCAGCAAGAGGGCCAGCAAGGAGAUCGACUCCAUCGGCAGCGACAUCAGCUCUAUCUCAAGCAGCAUUGGAGGGUCAGCCAAAUGGAUGGUGAACAAAAUCAAAGGGAAGAUGCAGAAAGCACUGCCCGCUCUCAAGGAAUAUGACAUGCCAGCAGGCCUCUUCCCACGUGAUGCAACUAACUAUGAGUUCAAUGAGGAGACAAAGAAGCUGACAGUGUACAUCCCGUCAGCUUGCGAUGUCGGGUACAAGGAUUCAUCAGUCCUGCGGUUCUUCACCUGUGUGACUGGCUACCUCGAGAAGGGUAAGUUUUCCGACAUUGAGGGCUUGAAGACCAAAGUGCUCGUCUGGACCAAGGUGACCGCCAUCAAGACCGAGGGCCCAAAGGUCCAUUUCACCGCCGGCGUGAAGAAGACACGGAGCCGCGACGCCUAUGAGGUUGUCAGGGAUGGUAUCACCAUAGAUAAAUUCUAGAGGAUGCUUGCAUGAGAAAUGUAAUGUAAUUAAAUUUAUUCAGAAAAUGAUUCUCCCCCUAUGUUGGUACACCAAAAAUCUAAAAUUUGAUGUGGUACUGCCUGUUCUGUCAUUGUCUACAGAUGGAUGUCUCGUGUCAUGAUGUUUCUGAUAAAAAAAUGUGGAGCAUAAGUUCA